GUUAGCCGGAGCCGGGGCGGUUCUGGGCGUCUGCUACCGGGGGCGCCUGAGUUUGCUGGAGCCGCCCGCCCUCCGCCGCCUGCCGGCCGACCUGCCCACCCGCCCUCCCUCCCAGCCCUGCCGCCCUGGGAACUCCCCGACCGUCGCCGCGGGCCCGGGACUCGCUAUCUCCUCUCUCCUUCCCACCCGGGCUAGGGCGGCGGCGGCGGCAGCGGGGGCGGCAGAGACCAUCACGGGAGGAGGCAGCUGCGGCGGGGCCGGGGAUGAUGACAGACCGGCCGAGCCCUAUUUUAUGGAGCUCUAUGAGAUCGGAAAAGCUUCUGGGUUUCGAAGGCAGUGCAGAUUCUAAUCUUCAGUCCAUUCUUUACAACCACAUUUGAUCUUUGUAGGAGGCCGGUGAGAAUCUUCACCCUUGUGAAGAUCUAGAAUCCUAAUGCGCCCGGCUAACUGGUGGUGAGCAGGGGCUUUGGGGCCAACGCCGUGGGCUCCCCAAGGAAACCCCUUUGAAACCAAUGGAUGCAUUCACGGGCUCGGGUCUCAAGAGGAAGUUUGAUGAUGUGGAUGUGGGCUCAUCAGUUUCCAACUCCGAUGAUGAGAUCUCCAGCAGUGACAGUGCUGACAGCUGUGACAGUCUCAAUCCUCCUACAACUGCCAGCUUCACGCCCACAUCCAUCCUCAAGCGGCAGAAGCAGCUGCGGAGGAAGAAUGUGCGCUUUGACCAGGUGACCGUUUACUACUUUGCCCGACGCCAAGGCUUCACGAGUGUGCCCAGCCAGGGUGGGAGCUCUCUGGGCAUGGCCCAGCGCCAUAACUCCGUGCGCAGCUACACGCUCUGUGAGUUUGCUCAGGAGCAGGAGGUGAACCAUCGGGAGAUUCUUCGUGAACACCUAAAGGAGGAAAAGCUCCAUGCCAAGAAGAUGAAGCUGACCAAGAAUGGGACGGUGGAGUCGGUGGAGGCCGACGGCCUGACCCUGGAUGAUGUUUCAGAUGAAGAUAUUGACGUGGAAAACGUGGAGGUGGAUGAUUACUUCUUCCUGCAGCCCCUGCCCACCAAGCGGCGCCGAGCCUUGCUGAGGGCUUCGGGGGUCCACCGCAUCGAUGCCGAAGAGAAACAGGAGCUUAGAGCCAUCCGCCUGUCACGGGAAGAGUGUGGUUGCGACUGUCGCCUGUACUGUGACCCAGAAGCCUGUGCCUGUAGUCAGGCUGGGAUUAAAUGCCAGGUGGAUCGCAUGUCCUUUCCGUGCGGUUGUUCCCGGGAUGGCUGCGGGAACAUGGCGGGGCGCAUUGAAUUUAAUCCGAUCCGGGUCCGGACUCAUUACCUCCACACCAUCAUGAAGCUGGAGCUGGAGAGCAAGCGGCAGGUGAGCCGCCCGCCAGCCCCGGACGAGGAGCCCUCACCCACCGCCGGUUGCAGCCUGACGGGAGCCCAGGGCUCCGAGACACAGGACUUCCAGGAGUUCAUUGCUGAGAACGAGACGGCGGUCAUGCACCUGCAGAGUGCAGAGGAACUGGAGCGGCUCAAGGCAGAGGAAGACUCCAGCGGCUCUAGCGCCAGCCUGGACUCCAGCAUCGAGAGCCUGGGCGUGUGCAUCCUGGAGGAGCCGCUGGCCGUGCCCGAAGAGCUGUGCCCGGGCCUCACAGCCCCCAUCCUCAUCCAGGCUCAGCUGCCCCCGGGCUCCUCCGUCCUGUGUUUCGCCGAGAACUCAGACCACCCGGCCGCCUCGGCAGUGAACAGCCCGUCCUACUUGAACGGUGGGCCCCUGGUCUACUAUCAGGUGGAGCAGAGGCCAGUCCUGGGGGUGAAAGGAGAGCCUAGCGCGGAAGAAGUCCCGCCUUCUUUCCCCAAGGAGAAGGAUCUGAACGUCUUCUCUCUCCCGGUUACCUCACUGGUGGCUUGUAGCCCCACAGACCCAGCUGCCCUGUGUAAGUCAGAAGUGGGGAAAGCGUCCACCCUAGAGGCGCUAGUGCCCGAAGGCUGUAACCCUGAUGAGCCUGAGAGCGAAGACUUCCGCCCCUCUUGGUGCCCCUCGAGCCUCCCCUUCCGCACGGACCAUGAAGAGGGCCGUGCGGUGGAGAAAACCUCACAGCAGAGUGAGGACAGGCCCCCUGAAGAUUCUUCCCUAGAACUCCCUCUGGCAGUGUGAGCCGGGGAUGGAGAUUCUGCCUCUGACCCAUUCUCUAUUUAUUCCCUUAUUUUAUCUAACACCGUUUCAAAACAAAACUGUAGAAGCA